AUGGAACGCGAAUCGAUUGAGCGAAACUUCGACGCCUACGUGACAAAACUAGGCGAUCCAAACAUUGAAACUAAAUUAAAAUGCGCGGCUGCGGUUGAGAUCCGUGACUCCUUGGAGCAUCUUUGCUCGGGCGCUACAUACCCCAUUUUCCUGGCGAAACUAUGGCCGGCGUUCAAGAAAGUGCUGAAGGGGGAGCCGGUGUUUAUCAGCUUAUCAUUUGAGCAGAAAUUACGGAAUUGUAUCCUAGAGAUCCUCCACCGCCUACCUCUAGAGCUUCCGGAAGUUGAGCCAUAUGCUGGUGACAUGGUUGACCUGCUCAUAGAACUUGUGCGAAAUGAGAACGAGGAUAAUGCCAUCAUCUGUAUGAAAACUAUCAUGGACCUCCAACGACGACAAAUCAGGGCGACACAAUCGCGAGUCCAGUCUUUUCUGGAGCUCAUCCAAAACAUGUUUGAAGGGAUGCCACAGGUUGUGCGAGAUACUUUUGAUACCCCUCAAGCUCAGACCUCCACUCCUGGAAUGCCUUCGACACCCAACACGGCUGCUCAGAACUUCCAGUCCCCACGCCCUAGUUCUCCGGCUACUUCUGUAUCUGACCUGGGCCCCGAGCAGCAGCAAACAAAUCAGAUGUUAGCGAAGGGUAUGCAUUCGUUUAAGGUACUCGCGGAGUGCCCCAUCAUUGUUGUUUCGAUCUUCCAGAUCCACCGCCACCCUGUAACAACUAACGUGAAGGUAUUUGUUCCUCUUAUAAAGGGGAUAUUACUUCUUCAGGCACGGCCGCAAGAGAAGGCCCACAGCGAAGCCAGAGCGCAGGGGAAGAUCUUCACCGGGGUCAGCAAAGAUAUCAAGAACAGAGCCGCCUUUGGGGAAUUCAUUACCCUGCAGGUCAAGACGAUGAGUUUCCUUGCCUAUCUACUAAGAGUUUAUGCAAGCCAUCUUCAGGACUUCCUUCCUUCUUUGCCUGGAGUCGUUGUUCGUUUGCUGCAAGAUUGCCCCAGGGAGAAGUCUAGUGCGAGGAAAGAGCUCUUAGUCGCAAUCCGCCAUAUCAUCAAUUUCAACUACCGCAAGAUAUUCCUUGAAAAGCUCGACGACCUCUUAGAUGAGCGGACAUUGAUCGGCGAUGGUCUUACGGUGUAUGAGGCGCUCAGGCCACUAGCUUAUAGCAUGCUCGCCGACCUGAUCCACCAUGUUCGAGAAUCCCUUACUCGGGACCAAAUCCGCCGCACUCUCGAAGUUUACACUAGGAAUCUUCAUGAUGAUCUCCCAGGAACAAGCUUUCAGGCAAUGAGCGCGAAGCUCCUCCUCAACAUGGCCGAGAAAAUAGCUAGCAUGGAGAAUAAGAAGGAGGCGCGGUACUUCCUCAUCAUGAUUCUGGAUGCUAUUGGGGACAAGUUCGCUACCAUGAACUAUCAAUACAACAAUGCGGUUAAGGCAUCGAAGCUCGUCAAGCAGAAUGCAGAUAAUUUGUCAGAAGGAUACCUUGCUGAUAAGAACCAUCCUCCGGACUGGGACGAGAUUGACAUAUUCACUGCAGCACCGAUCAAAGCCACCAACCCCAGAGAUAGGAAUGCCGACCCUGUCAAUGAUAAUAAGUUUUUGUUUAAAACUCUUAUUACUGGUUUGAAGGGUCUGUUCUAUCAGCUAAAGAGCUGCAAUCCAGAGGAUCUAAAACUAGAUCCAUCGUACACACCUGUUAACUGGGCGGAAGUUUCAUUCGGAUACAACGCUGAAGAAGUCCGUAUCAUUAAAAAACUCUUCCACGAAGGCGCGGGACUUUUCAGGUAUUAUGGUGCGGAUAGCAAGGAGCCUGAAAUUCAAUAUGCAAGCCCUCUUGAGUUUCUCUCUAGCCAGUAUAUGCGGCACAUGAGCUCUGAGGAAAAGGAGCUUCUUGAAAGCUUUGGGACUAUCUUUCACUGUGUUGAUACUGCGGCAUUCCAUGAAGUUUUCAAGAGCGAGAUUCCCUAUUUGCACAGCCUUAUGCUGGAGCACAGUGCACUGCUCCAUCUCCCACAAUUCUUUCUCGCGAGCGAAGCCACUUCUCCUGCCGUUGCUGGGAUGACUCUACAGUACUUGAUGGAACACAUCCACGAAGUUGGGUCUGCGGAUGUUGCCAACUCCCGCAUUCUCUUGAGAAUGUUCAAGCUUUCCUUCAUGGCUGUCACACUGUUUUCGGCACAAAAUGAACAGGUACUUCAUCCGCACGUCACCAAGAUUGUGGCCAAGUGCAUUGAAUACUCUGUAACUGCAGAAGAGCGGAUGAAUUAUUUUCUGCUUCUCAGAUCACUUUUCCGAAGUAUUGGAGGUGGGCGCUUUGAGUUACUCUACAAAGAAUUACUGCCAUUGCUGGAGAUGUUACUAGAAACUUUCAAUAAUCUUCUACUUGGCGCUAGGAAGACACAAGAGCGUGAUUUAUAUGUGGAAUUGACACUGACUGUCCCGGCACGACUUAGCCACUUGCUUCCAUAUCUAAGCUAUCUCAUGAGGCCGUUAGUUGUUGCUCUCCGGGCAGGGUCAGAUCUUGUCAGCCAGGGCCUUAGAACACUCGAACUCUGUGUUGACAACCUGACUGCCGAUUACCUGGAUCCAAUUAUGGCUCCGAUAAUGGACGAGCUUAUGACUGCUCUCUGGGAUCAUCUCCGACCAAAUCCUUACAGCCACUUCCAUGCCCACACCACGAUGAGAAUCCUUGGGAAGCUUGGUGGGCGAAAUCGAAAAUUCCUUAAUCACCCUCCUGAGCUCUCGUUCCAACAAUACUCUGAUGAUACACCGAGCAUGGAUAUCAAACUUAUUGGGUCUAAUAAAGAUAGAGCUUUUCCUCUCGAUAUCGGAAUUGACCUCGCCCUCGGGAAGUUACUUGACACUCCUCCAGCCAAUGCAUCCGAGACCGUGCAGAAGGCAGAUGUGUUCUACAAGAAGCAAGCGUACCGCAUGCUUAGCUCUCAGCUCAAACUAUACAUUGGUUUCGAGCAUCCACCCGAUGAUCUUGCAACACUUCUACGCCUCCAGGCAAACGACCUAGCAGAUGGGAAGUUCUCUGGGACAGUGGACAUCUUGGAAAGGUCUGAUCGUCAAUGCUCUUCCUCAAAGAGACUUGCGCAAGAGACUACCCUCAAGAAGUUAUUGAAGGCUUGCAUAGUUGCAUCUACAAUCCCGCAUUUGAAACAAUCUGCAACCGCCUUCCUAGCUGAUGUUUGCCGCCAUCUUACCAUUAUUGAAAUCGGAAGGUCUCUGGCACAAUCACGGCAUAUUCGUCGUCCUUUCAGCGUGUCGCUGGGCGAGGGCCCCUUGUAUCUGGAUACAAGGACUCUUGCUGAUGCUGUAGUCGAAUGUUUAGCCUCUGAAAAUCCCGCGGUUCGUGACGCCGCUAAAGGGGUUAUCUUCAACGUCCGAAGUGCCUCCGUUGUUAUAUUCGGCUCUGCAGAGAAGGCAGGAAAACUCCCAUUCUUCCCCCAUCUCGGUAGAACGCUUUGCCAUGCUUGUCAUGAUGAGGAGUGGUUCACAAAGGCUGCUGGAAGCCUUGGUAUACAUCUUUUCGUUACGGAACUGGACUUGGGAAACGCUUGGUUGAUCGACCGGCAAGUUGAAUUCAUUCGAGCCCUGAUGUAUGUGAUUAAAGACACGCCAUCUGAUUUCCCUGGAGCGACUCGAAUCCAAGCCCAAAAGACAAUGGACUUGAUUCUCCGGAAAUGCAACGAGGGCGUUUCCAAAGAGGAACUGAAAAACGAACGGGGUCGAGUGUUGGCCUUGUGCGGCGUAUUGAGCUACGAACUAUCCCAUAUGAACAAACAUGUUCGUCAAGCUGCCCAGAGUGGAAUAGCGACUCUAGCAGCAACGUUAAACGCGGAAGUUCAUGAGCUGAUUACUCCCGUCAAGGACCGACUUUUGAUGCCAAUAUUCAACAAGCCACUCCGUGCUUUACCCUUCCCUACUCAGAUUGGCUGUAUCGAAGCGAUAGCGUACUGCCUCGGUCUUCGUCAGAACAUUGUCACAUUUAAUGAUCAGCUCAACCGUUUGCUAAUGGAAUCUCUGGCCCUUGCCGACGUGGAUGAUGAUGCCCUAGCAUCCAAACCAAACGAGUUCAAGACUGCUGAGCAGAUCGUUAACCUUCGUGUCUCCUGUCUACGUCUUCUGUCAAUGGCCAUGGGUUUCCCCGACUUUGCAAGCGGUCCGCAGAGCCAUAGCCGCGCUAGAAUCAUUGCUUGUUUUUUCAAGUCGUUGUAUUCGAGAUCCCCUGAGAUCAUUGAAGCAGCAAACUCUGGCCUUCGUGAUGUACUCACCCAGACUAACAAGCUGCCUAAGGACCUACUUCAGAACGGCCUUCGACCAAUUUUGAUGAACCUUCAGGACCCCAAACGUUUGAGUGUUGCUGGUUUGGAUGGAUUAGCUCGCCUCCUCACCCUACUGACGAACUAUUUCAAAGUUGAAAUAGGAUCACGACUUCUGGACCACAUGAGAGUCAUUGCUGAUGAGAACAUCUUGCAAAGAGCAUCUUUCGGGCUUGUUGAACAGAAUCCUCCCAUGAAAAUUGUUGCUGCUAUCUUUAACAUUUUCCACCUUCUUCCUGCAGCUGCGACCUCAUUCAUGGAGAACCUUGUUAACAAAGUCUUGUACUUGGAAGAUCGGUUGAGACGGACAUCUAGCAGCCCUUUCAGAAAGCCAUUACUCAAAUAUCUCAAUCGAUAUCCCCGAGAGAGCUGGAUUUUUAUGCAGGCCAAGUUCCAAGAAGAAAAACACGGGAGAUUCUUCGGUCAGCUCCUAGCAAGCCCUGAGAGUUCAGCAUUGCGUUCAACCAUUUUUGCGGAUUCCGAAACAUUAAUAAAACUUGCCUUCCUACAAGAAGAAUCUCCCCGCAAAAAUACCGCGGCAAUCAAUGGAAUAUACUUUGUCCAUUCGAUUUGCUCUCAUGAAGCUACUAAAGGAUUCUUGAAUGCCCAGCCUGACUUGAAGCGACACCUCUUGAACAGUGGCCGAGACUUGAAUUCUAAGCUACGCAAUGACAGGCUCCCUCCAGACGAGCGGUUAAGAGUCGAACAAGCCCAAGAUCAGUUGUUGGAAAUAUUCACAAUUCAUCUUUCGCAGUCCCUUGACGACCUUGAUUUCCUGUUCGAUCUUAUCGACAAGAUAUCUGCCGGUGACUUGAAAACAACUCUUACGUUGCCAAAAUUUUUCUACCAGUACAUAAUCACAAACUCAUCCAUUGCUUACCGGAGCCCAACCCCUGGUACGGGAGUUCUAGAUCGGAGUUUGACCGAUCUUAUCCACAAUCGACUAUGGAAACCACAGCUGGGCGAUCUUAGUGAAGAAUCUGGUCAGCCUGGGAUAGACCAUUCCCGCAUGGAGCUUCUUCAGCUUUCUGCAUUGCUUAUAAAAUAUCAUCAUGGCAUCGUUCAAGAAAGUAGAAAAGACAUCAUAAAGUUUGCAUGGAGCUACAUUCGCCUCGAGGAUACCAUCAACAAGUACGGAGCAUACGUACUAAUCAGUUAUUUCAUUGCACAUUAUGAAACACCUUCCAAGAUUGUCGUCCAAAUCUAUGUCGCUUUGCUGAGAGCUCAUCAGAAUGAGGGGAAAUCUCUAGUCACCCAGGCAUUGGAAAUCCUGGCGCCUUCUCUUCCAAAGAGAAUUCUCUCUGGCCCUGACCCUCGUUUCCCAGUGUGGGCCAGGUGUCCUCGUCGCAUUCUAACGGAAGAGACAGCGAACUUACAGCAGGUCAUGAGCAUUCUGCAAUUCCUUGUCCGACAGCCCGAUCUUUUCUAUGAGUCCCGCGAAUACUUCAUCCCUCUCAUAAUCCCGUCACUUGUCAAGAUUGCAGGACCAACCAAUGUCUCUUUUGAUAGCAGAAAACUCGUUUUACACUUGAUCAACCUUAUUUGGAUCUGGGAAGAGAAGCGAGUGACUGGAUGGCGAGACCCGACUUCACCAAACUCAGCGAAACGAAAAUUGGCCGAGAUGCAGGCGUCGCCAUCAAUGAGUACCACGCCACUCCCGCAGAAAGAGCGUCCAGAAUACACCAUCCCCCUCGACUUGAGGACGCCCCUUAUCAAGUACCUUGUUACCUUUGUCUGCAGUCUUGUUGAUCGCUUCUCUGUACCUGCAGCGCGGUUCCGCGAUCUACUGCCACCAAAGCCUCACCAAGCGCUGAAUAACUAUGGUGAAAUUUGCAAGAAAUCAGUGGUUUUGCUCCGACGAUUCCUCUCUUCUGAUUACUGGCCUGAUGUGGAUAUUGACCUUUAUCAAAAAACCCUAGAGCCUGUUUUGUGCAGCGAAAAGGCCGAGAAACCCGACGAAAAGCAUGUUACGGCCAUGGUCAACUCGCUCCAGGUUCUACGUAUUCUCUUGGCCGGAAAACCGAACAGCUGGAUUCUGGACCGCAUGUCUACCAUCCAGCAUCUUGUGGAAAAGGCUCUACGAUCCGAUAAUCCUGAAAUCCAGGAUUGUUUACAUGGCGGCGAAGAGGAGAUGGACAUCUCUCCAAAGUUACCACCGCCCAUCAAGAGAGUUUUGGAUGCCCUGCCACAAGAAGAGCCAGUGGAAGAAGAAGGUGGUAUGGAUGUUGAUAAGCCGUCCGCUGAAUUUGUAACCUUUCUCUCAACGGUCGCCACUGAGUCAAUCUCGAGCGGCAAUUAUAUCGCUGGAAUUAAUAUUCUCUGGACACUUUCGAAAUGUCAACCUGCGGAGAUGGACCAGCACAUACCCCAUGUCAUGAAGAUUUUUUCACAAAAGCUUGCGAAGGACCACGUCACUGCUUCCAACAAUAACCCACCCGUAGCAAAUCGGACCGCAGAACAACAGGCACAAUUACCCGACCCCUAUGAAGUAGAAAUUGGCAUCGAUUUGAUCUCGAAAACCAUCGAUUUGAUCGCCGUUCGGAUGUCAAACUUGGGUGACCAGAGGAGGCCUUUCCUGAGUGUGUUGGCGCAAUUGGUUGAGAGGUCCCAGAAUAUUCCCCUUUGUACCAAGAUUCUAGGGAUGGUAGAGAAAUGGAUCUUCCAGCCCACGGAAUCGUGGCCUACAUUGAAAGAGAAAACAGCUGUUCUCCAUAAAAUGCUGCUUUUUGAAUCGAGGACCGACUCAACAAUGCUUGGGAAGUUUUUGGAGCUUGUCAUUCGAGUCUAUGAAGACCCCAAGAUCACACGAACCGAGCUCACGGUCAGAUUAGAACAUGCUUUCCUAAUUGGUACUAGGGCUCAAGACGUUGACAUGCGAACUCGUUUCAUGUCAAUUUUUGACAAAAGUUUAACACGUUCUGCCAACACUCGCCUGAGCUACGUUCUGACCUCACAGAACUGGGAUACCCUUGCGGAGUCAUUCUGGCUCACGCAAGCUUCGCAGCUGGUGAUGGGAUCAGUGGAUAUGUCUGCAUCAGUCAAGCUACACCCAGAUGACUUCACAAUUCCUCCUACAUCUUUCAUAUAUGGACAUUCUGAGAAAGAUCCAGCUAAGGAGAAUGUUGUAGUCGAUAACCACCUGGAAGCUCUAGUGGCAGAACAGAAGAAAUUCUCUGCGGAACUUGGGGAUGUUAAAGCCCGCGAUAUUCUUGAGCCACUCACAGAGCUUCAGCACGCGGAUCCUGAAGUUGCGUACAAAGUCUGGGUUAGCUUAUUCACGAUCUGCUGGGCCUCUUUGACACGAGACGAGCGAAUUGAUCUGGAAAAGGGGAUGGUAUCACUUCUCACGCGCGAAUACCACCAUAGACAAAUUGACGAACGGCCUAAUGUUGUGCAGGCGCUUCUUGAGGGCGUUAUUAGAGCCAGUCCUCGCUUCAAGAUACCUCCUCACGUCAUGAAGUUCCUCAGCCGCACGUUUGAUGCAUGGUAUAUGGCUGCUAUAGCUCUUGAACGGUAUGCGAUUGAUCCGGUUAUUGACACGCCGGUGGUUCGAGAGAGCAACUUGGACGCUCUUGUUGAAAUAUAUGCUGGCUUGCAGGAAGAUGACAUGUUUUACGGUACCUGGAGAAGGCGCUGCAAAUUCGUCGAGACUAAUGCUGCUCUUUCUUAUGAACAACAAGGGAUGUGGGAUAAAUCACAACAAUUGUACGAAUCAGCUCAGGUAAAGGCACGCACCGGUUCUAUUCCGUUCGCUCAAGCCGAGUACUUCCUUUGGGAAGAUCAUUGGAUGAUUUGCGCACAAAAGCUCCAACAAUGGGAUAUCCUGACCGAUUUUGCCAAACACGAGAAUUUCAACGACCUACUUCUGGAAGCCACUUGGAGAAACCUGGAGAAUUGGCAAGGUGACACCAAUCGUGAACAAAUUGACUCUCUUCUAAAGUCGGUUUCGGAUGCACCCACUCCACGUCGCACCUUUUUCCAGGCCUUCAUGUCCUUAUUAAAAUUCCAUACGAAACAAGAGACUUUACAGGAGUUUAAUAAUGUUUGUGAUGAAUCUAUUCAACUGUCGAUUCGGAAAUGGCACCAGCUUCCAAAGCGGAUCACCAACGCCCACAUUCCUAUCUUACAGAAUUUUCAACAACUUGUUGAGCUUCAUGAUGCCAGCGUUAUCUGCACCAGCCUUUCGCAGACGAAUGAGCGCAACAUGGAUACAAAAUCGGCCGAACUGAAACUCCUUCUUACCACAUGGCGAGAUAGACUACCCAAUGUAUGGGAUGAUAUCAAUGCCUGGCAGGACCUUGUCACUUGGCGACAACAUAUCUUCCAACUUAUUAAUUCUACAUACCUUAGCCUUCUCCCUCCUCAGACCAACAAUGUGGCAAGCAAUUCGUACGCCUUCCGAGGCUACCACGAGACUGCCUGGAUAAUCAACAGAUUUGCCCAUGUUGCACGGAAACACCAGAUGCCGGAAGUAUGCAUCAAUCAACUCAGCCGAAUCUACACCUUACCCAAUAUUGAGAUUCAAGAAGCCUUUUUGAAGCUGAGAGAGCAAGCAAAGUGUCAUUAUCAGAACCCGAAGGAGCUGAAUAGUGGACUAGAGGUCAUCAACAACACCAAUCUCAACUACUUCAAUGCACAGCAAAAGGCAGAAUUCUACACCCUGAAGGGUAUGUUUUUGGCGAAAUUGGACCAUAACAUGGAGGCAAACGAGGCAUUUGGCGUAGCUUUAUUCUACGACUUACGUUUGGCUAAGGCUUGGGCCGAGUGGGGCCAGUACAGCGAUCAACGAUUCAAAGCUGAUCACUCAGAUAUUGAUCAGGCUUGCAAUGCAAUAAGCUGCUACCUGGAAGCCGCUGGCCUGUACAAAAACCACAAAUCUAGGAAGCUCCUCAGUCGUAUCCUCUGGUUGUUAAGCCAAGACAACGAUGAAGGGAAAAUUGCAAGUGCGUUUGAGAAUUUCAAGGGGGAUACUCCUGUUUGGUACUGGAUUACCUUCAUACCUCAGCUACUUUCAAGCCUUGCACACCGGGAAGCUAGGCUAUGCAAGGCAGUUCUCGGGAAAAUUGCCAAGUUGUAUCCUCAGUCACUUUUCUUCUUGCUCAGGACCAGCCGCGAGGAUUACCUAGGCCUCAAGAAGUCACAAGAGCAAAAACAAGAAAAGCUCAAUCGUGCAAAAGUCUCGGGAUCUCCAACAACAAAGAGCGGUUCCCCAGAAGCCAAAUCUUCUAUGCUUCCAGAUGCUGCAGCGUCCUCGAGCUCACCGAGGGCUGUAGCGUCUCCCAAGCCAACGCCCCCCGUGGCAAACGGACAGACUGCUAAUGAAGGUGACGCGGCUCAAAAAGAUAAACAACCUUGGGAAUAUGCCGAUGAAACAAUGGCAGGUCUCAAAACAGCUUUCCCUCUACUUGCCUUGACCAUGGAGACUAUGGUGGACCAGAUACACAAGAAUUUCAAAUGCCCACCUGAUGAAGAUGCUUACAGACUUAUUGUUGCUCUACUCAAUGAUGGCCUUGCAUAUGUGGGCCGUAUGCCUACAUCGUAUGCACAAGACUGCAAACUUCCACAUUCUACCGAAGCAAAUAUCACCCGUUUUGCAGAAACCAUUCUUCCUGCACACAUUCGAAAGUCAUUCGAGGCUGAUUUUGUCACCAAGAAGCCAACCAUGUACGAGUACAUCCAUAAGCUGCGACGAUGGAGGGACAAGUUUGAAGAGAAACUGGACCGCCGGCCACAAUAUGCCCACUUGGAGUCAUUUUCGUCUCACCUUAGCGAAUUCAAGUUCAUGAAAUUUGAUGAAGUUGAAGUUCCUGGACAAUAUCUUGAACACAAUGACAAGAACCAAAAUUUUGUCCGCAUUGAUCGGUUCCUCCCCCAUGUUGAUCUAGUGCGUGGAAUUGGUGUAUGCCAUCGUCGUUUGAGGAUUCGUGGCCAUGAUGGCAGCCUACACACGUUUGCUGUCCAACAUCCUGCAGCCCGCCACUGUCGUCGGGAGGAGAGAAUGCUUCAGCUAUUCCGAAUUUUCAACUGUGUAUUAAGGAAGCGUAAGGAAAGCCGUCGACGUAACAUUUACUUCCACCUUCCACUCAUGGUUCCUUUUGCACCGCAUAUCCGCUUGGUCAAGGACGACCCAUCCUACGUCUCUUUGCAGGGUAUAUAUGAAGACCAUUGCCGCCAGACUGGAAUGGCCAAAGACGAGCCAGUUCUAUUCACAAUGGAGAAAAUGCGAGCUCUUGCAGAAGCAAAAGCAAAUCGGGCCCCCGAGCAGGCUGGAAUCCUUCGUACCGAGAUCUUUGACGCUAUCCAAAAGAAAUGGGUCCCCAACACUAUUCUUCUGCAGUAUGUCCAGCAGACGUAUCCAAACUUUGCAGACUUCUGGCUCUUCCGACGACAAUUCUCGUACCAGUAUGCUGCGAUAGCCUUCAUGACUUACGUGAUGCAUAUGGGCAACCGAUACCCAAGCAAGAUACAUAUCUCUCGACGGACAGGCGAUAUCUGGAGCUCCGAGUUGAUCCCAGCAAUGAACUCUGCGAGGGCUAUAUUUUACAACCCAGAACAGGUUCCCUUCCGGUUAACACCCAACAUCCAAACGUUGAUGGGUCCGUUGACAACCGAAGGCAUAUUCGCUUGUGCUAUCAUGGCUAUCGCUCGCUGCCUCACUGAACCAAGACUCGAAUUGGAACAGCAACUCAGCAUAUUUGUACGGGAUGAGCUUGUGAUGUGGGCAAGCGCGCAGCAGCGUGUUCUCCAGCAGCUUAAAGAUAUGGUGCAGAGCAAUAUCGACUAUAUUGUGAACCGAGCAGCCAGCUUGACAAGUUCUCCAGACGGAAAUCUUCCUGCAAACCAGUCGGUUAUUGACCUCAUUUCUCGGUCUGUCAAUCCUCACAACCUUGCCCAGUGUGACGCUUUAUGGAUGGCAUACGUGUAA